CGCAAAGCAAUUUGCUUAGCUCCUCAGAGAGAGCUCUGUAGUGUAGUACUCUACUAGUAGGGUUUCUCUUUCUCUCAGAGCCAGCCAGCACGCAGCCUCCUUUCUUUCUUGCUACCAUUUCCUCUCUCAAUUCAAUUCAGGUUCUGAUUUUGGCCGUUUCAAGAAAAAUCGGAAAAUAUUAACAAGCAAGAGCGGCUUGUUGGAAGAACCCAAAGAAGGGGAAAAAAUCUGGUCAUAUCCGACCUGAAUUCCACGGAGGGAGAUGGGGAAAGAGGACAGGUUUAGUAAUUACUACAGCAACAAUUGUUAUAGUUCAUCGUCGUCAGCGGCGGUGGUGAAGACGCGGAGGAGGAGUAAGAUGCCGACGAAGAAGAAGCAGGAGGUGCCUGCAUGGCUGUCGGGGCUGAUGGGGGAGAGGUUUUUCGGGAGCUGCGUGGUCCAUGAGGAGCGGAGGAAGAAUGAGAAGAAGGUAUUCUGCUUGCUCUGCUGCCAUGCCAUCUGCCCUCACUGCCUCCCUGCUGAGCACCACACCCACCCUUUCCUCCAGGUGAGGAGAUACGUAUACCAUGAUGUGGUUCGAGUAGGGGAUCUUGAGAAGCUCAUUGACUGCUCCUAUAUUCAGUCGUAUACGAUAAACAGCGCCAAGGUGAUAUUCGUGAGCGAGAGAGCACAGUCGAGGAGUGGGGGGAAGGCCGCCACUGCACACAACACCUGCUUCGCUUGCCACAGAAUGCUUCAGCACCCUUUCCAUUUCUGCUCCCUCUUCUGCAAGGUGAAUCACAUGGUGGAGGAAGGGGAGGAGCUGGGCAGCAUCCUGGUGACGACCGGCGGUACUGUUCGUGGUGGAACUAUGAAUCAAGCAGUUGUAGACGACGACGACGACGAUGAAGUUAAGGCUGCUGCUGGGUCGGAGGAUAUGGCGUUCUCGCGGUUCGAGGAUUUGAGGAUGGACGGUUCUGAGAUCACUGAUGACGACGAGGAAGCUGGUCGUGGCGGCCAAUUAUUCGUCAGCAGCAGCAGUACUACCGCCGCCUCCACAUCCGAUCAGAUGAGCAAGAAGAAGAAGGAGGGCCCAUCUGGGUUCCUGCAAGCUGGGAUCAGUGCUCUCUCCUUCGGCAGCAGGAGGAAGGGUGCUCCUCACAGGGCUCCUCUUUCUUAGUUAAAUAUGUCAUCGGUCGUUUCACUAAACCAAGUCCAGGUGAAUUUAGUUUCAGUAAUUUGAAGCAACCAUAUUUAACAAACAAGCAAAGGAAAAAAAAGAGUGAGAGAGAAGGUGGAGUACAGUAGUAGCAGUAGUAUAUGCAAUAUGUAAUGAAUCUAAAUUCUAAAGGAAUUGUAGUUCAUCAUCUGUAGCUAGCUAAUAUAUAUGUCUAUUACUCCUGCGCAUGCAAGUUGUUUAGUUGGUGCAUUUGGAGCAUUUUCAAUCAAAGAGGGAAGUCUCUUGUCACAUUAGGUGACAAAACACUUAAUUUUGGGCUAUUCACAUCAUAUUUGCGUUGUUCAUGCCAUACUUUUGUCAUUCACGUCUUAUUUGUAUUAUUCACGUAAGAAUGUUGAUUAUUCACGUAACCAAUACUGUUCGGUCACGCCACCUAAUGUUUAUUCACACAUAUUGUUAAUUAUUCACGCCGUUGUAAAAUAAAAUUUUAAACUUUGA